AUGGUGGUGGCGGCAGAGGCGGGCGUGCAUCCUCCGCCGACAGAGAGCGACACCGGUACCAACGUCAGCAACAAUGACGAUAGCAGCACGGGUCAGCCGCCGUCCGGAGGGGAGGAUAAGCUACUCCUGGCGAUGUGCCGGACCAUCAGGAAGGAGACGGGGUGGCAGGAGAGGACGCUGCGGCAAGCCUGCGACUGGGCCACAGGCGAGCUCGAGCAAAACCAGCAUCCCGGGGUAGGGAUGGCGCGGUACUACCGUGUGGUCGAGCUCGCGAUGGGGUCCAAGUCCGAGGACGUCGUUGAAGCGGCCCUGGGCCAGCUGCACAAGCUAAUCGCCGGUGGCCUCGUGAGGAGGAACACCAUGACCACCCUCAAGGACGGGAGCUCCGCCAACCUCGGCGAGAUCCUGGUGGGGGUCGUGAUGGAGACAGGGUCGCGGGAUAAGACCGUCCACGGAGAAGAGCUGCGUAAAGUUGCUUUGUUCGUGCACGAGACGUUCUUGGUGAUCGACUCCACCGCCAACAGGGCGAGGUACAACAAGGCGCAGGCUAGGGCUACUCUCGACCACAUCUUGCAGGAGGAACCGGAGCGGUCCGAAGGAGGGGAGGGGGGGCGGCGCCUAGACGAGGUGUCGCUAGCUGGAGGGUCGGGGGGACGAAGGAAGGGAAGAGAAGCGGGAGCCGGGAGGAGGGGGGGUGGGAGCCCGAGGCUGCGGGUGGGAGGAGACAACGUCGAGCUGACGGUCGUGCAGCGGGACGCUUUGAUGCUGCUGAGCGAGCUGUGUGACUGGUCGCUAGUCGACGAGCGGACGCUGAGUGAGGAGCUGGGCGGAAGCGGUGGCGGCGGCGGCGGUGGCGGGGAGAAGGAGUCGAGAGUGAUAUUGGAAAGCAAGACGGCGGCGCUGGAGCUGAUCGUGUCGGUCCUGCAGACGUACGGAGGCCCUAGGUUCCGCGCUCUGCCCGCCGCGGCCACCCUUGUACGGGGCGAGCUGUGCGCGGCGCUGCUCCACCACUGCACCUCCAACAUCACCGGGCUCGUGUCCCUCAGCCUACGGGUGUUCGUUGCUCUGAUCAAGGGCUUCAAGAACCAUCUGAAGGCGGAGAUCGAGGUGUUCAUCACGUCCAUCUUUCUGCGCAUCCUGGAGAGCGAGCACUCGGCGUUCGAUCACAAGAUGCUGGUUUUGGAAGUCAUCUCCGGCCUUUGUCGGGACCCCCUCGCCCUGGUGGAAAUGUUCAUCAACUACGACUGCGACCUCCAGGCCAUCGACCUCUUCAAAAGGAUUGCCACAGCUUUAGCCAAGGUAGCCAAAGGCCGAGCAGGGUCCGAGGGUGCCAGUGCCAGCAAGAAGGACCUGGAGCAGGACAGAUCGCUGCAGCUCAUGGGGAUGGGGGGCGCGGUGGCCAUGGUGUCUUCCAUGGUGAAGGCGGCCGAUCUGGAGGAGUUGUACGGGGAUAUGGCCAUGGUACCGAGGCGCGGGAGUGCCAGUGGAGCGCUACGCCGGGCUUUGGUCGGCCUAGGCUGUGGGGUUUUCACGAGGAAGCACGAAUCGACCGGCUGUCGUUCUUGCGUGACGAUCGAAGGGGAAGAAGACGAAGGGGGAGCAGACGAAGAGAGGUCAGUCGAUACUACUCCGGUGCCGUCGUCGCCGGCCUUGUCGCCGCUGCCGCUGUCCGGCCCGCUCCCGCUCUCUAGCACGUGGAGCGGCGGCGCGCAGAGAGCGAAGCACGCCCUCCAACGGGGCUACUCGCUUGGAGGGGCAGACGGGGGCUUCAGAGCGACCGCGGCGGAGGGGUUCGAGGACGAGGGGCCUGGCAGAGACAGGGGGAGCUUUCGGUUCGACAGCGCACAGGUGGAGGCCAUGCACGCGUUCGACACCAAGAGGCGCGUGCAGGGCGAGAUCGAGGCCGGCAUCGUCAAGUUCAACUUGAAGCCCAAAGAUGGCUUGGCCUACCUUCACUCGAAAGGCCACCUGGACAGCAAGGACCCCGCGUCUGUAGCAGCGUUCCUGCGGGCCCAGGCCGAUCGCCUCGACAAGACGGAGAUCGGUGAGUUCAUGGGCAGAGGCGCGGACCACAUGGGCGGCUUUUGCGUCAAGGUGCUGCACGCUUACGUGGACGGGAUCGACUUCACGGACAUGGAGUUUGACGAAGCGAUUCGCCAUUUUCUCAGCGGGUUCCGGCUGCCCGGGGAAGCUCAGAAGAUCGACCGCAUGAUGGAGAAAUUCGCCGAGCGGUUCUGCCUACAGAACGCGUCGGUUUUCCCGAAUCCCGACACGGCGUUCAUUCUUGCUUUCAGCAUCGUCAUGCUCAACACCGACCUUCACAAUCCAAGCAUCCCGGACGCCAAGCGCAUGACCAAAGAGGGCUUCAUUCGCAACAACAGAGGCAUCGACCAGGGCAAGUCACUCCCGGACGAGUUCCUCGGCGGUGUGUUCGACCGCAUCGAACGCUCUCCGAUAUCCCUUAAGGAGGACGACCAACUCCGACGUAAGGCGGAGGGGGGAGGGUCGUCGGCGACCACCAGCCUGCAGGAGCUUCUGCCCUUCGCCGCCUCGGCGCAGAGCUUGAGGAAGCUUGCCGAGCACGAUCGCGAACGGCAGGAGAUGCUCACGUCCUCUCGGGCGCUACUAACGAGACAGAGGGGCCACAGCUCGUCAACCCCGACCAGCUACACGCACCUCUCCAUGGAGGGCAGGGGGGAAGGGGACAGCGGGUGGAUAUCCCAGGACAUCGCGGAGCACGUGCGGCUCAUGCACGAGAUCACCUGGGGUCCGCUCGUGUCCGUCUUCAGCGAGGUGUUGGAAGCCUCGGAGAGCCCUGAGCUGAUCGAACUGUGCCUGGACGGGGUCAAGAAAGCAGUGAGAAUAGCGGGAGGGCUAGACGUGCCGGUCGCCCGCGAGACGCUGCUUAACGCGCUGGUCCGGUUCACCCUCCUAGACGCGUCUCGCCACAUGAAGGACAAGAACGUCCGCUGCGCGAAGGUGCUGCUGUCGCUGGCUUUGACGGAGGGCAACCUUCUCAAGGAGAGCUGGGGGUUGGUGCUGCGCUGCAUCUCUCAGCUCGCGAGGCUCCAAAACACCGCGAGCAGGCUUCAGCAGGACGACAAUCUGUUCAGGGUGACGGCCGCGGCAUCCAGCAACAGCAGUAGCGUCAAGGGGAGCAACAGCAAGAAGCAGUACGAGGCCGCCGCUGCGGCAGCGGCCGCCGCCGCCGCCUCGGCGAAGGCGAAGCGAGCAAGGAGGGCGACAACCAUGACGGCCACCGCUCCGUCACCACGGGCCCUCCAGCGCGGCGGCGGCGGCGGGGGCGGCGGCGGCAUCACCGAGAAGGCCGGGGAGAAGGACAGUGCGGAGGCGAACGGUAAAGGUGGAGACGCGGACGCUAGCGCGAAGCAAGAGCGGCGGGCGAAGGACUCGCUAUCGAUAACCCUGCCGGAGUCUUCCUUGGGUUCGCCGAAGAAGAAACCAUCGGCGGCGGCGGCGGCGGCGGGAGGAGAAACGACGGACUGGUUGAGCGACCUGAAGAUCGCUUUCGGCGUCUCCACGACGACCACCACCCGCAAGAACGGGAGUUCUAAAGAUAUCAAGGCCGUUGCCGGGGACGAAACGGGGACGGGGGAGGGAGACGGCGGCGGCAGCGCGGGGGCGCUAGACCAGGUCAUGAGCUACGUCAAGGAGCGGGACGCGUUCCUGAAGGACCGGCGAAGAAAGGAAAAGGAGAGCGCCAAGGGGGAGCUGGCCAGCUUCUUCAUCGGUCCAAGCAGGGAGGAGAAGGAGAGGGUCGUCGAGGCAGCAAACGCCACCGUCGUGAUGGCCCAGAUUGACCAGGCCUUGAUCGACAGGGUCUUCAGCGCCACGCAGCUCCUCAACCGCGAGGCCAUGCAGCACUUCGUCGAGCAGCUCAUCCAGGUUUCUCAGUCGGAGAUACCGCAGCUAUUCGGGCGCCGGGCAAGCACUCUGGGGAACUACCAGCGGCAGGAAGGCGUUUUGAAGGGGGGGGCUGCCAAGCCCCGGGUGUUUUCGAUGCAGAAGCUCGUGGAGGUGGCCCACUUGAACAUGGAUAUCAGGAGCCGCAUCGAGUGGGCGAGCCUGUGGGGCAUCCUGGCCGAUCACUUCGGCACUGUCGGGAGCAUCUCGGGCAACAGCUCGGUGGCGAUGUACACGGUGGACUGCCUCAGGCAGCUGGCCCUCAAGUUCCUCGACAAGGACGAGUUGCGAGACUUCAACUUUCAGAGGGUGUUUCUUGGACCGUUCGCCACGAUCGUUCGGACCAGCCGAGAAACCGCCGUGCGCGAGCUCGUCGUGAGCUGCCUGAACAACGUGAUCCUGACGAAGGGGACGUUGUUGAGGUCCGGCUGGAAGACGGUGCUUACAGUGCUGCGGUCGGCGGCCGCAGACACCCAGGAAGAGGUGGUGCAGCCGGCGUGCCUAAUCCUGGAAGGGCUUGCCGGCGAGACGUUCCCGCUGGUGCAGUACGACUUUGUCGAUCUUGUCUACACCUUGCUGGAGAUGGCCGCUUCGAGAUUUCUGGAUGUCAGCUUGGUCUGCAUCGGGCACCUGCGGCUGUGCGCCAGGCAGCUAGCCGAGGGCGGCGUCGACGUCGCUCUUCAGCGACCGCUCCCCGAGGCCACGAUCUCCAACACGGGACAGCUUCCCCCGGAGGUGCUGGGCGCCGUGAGAGCCGACUACGGCGGCGGCGGCGGCCGCGGCGGCGGCCCCGGCAGCGACGCGGGCUGCUCCGAAAACAGCAACACAGACGUCGACGACGACGACGACGUUGACGAAGACCGCAGGUCCCGCAGGGCGGCACGGAACGACGCCGUCGGCCACCUUACCCUAGACCUCGACAGCCUCGACCCGCCCGUUCCCCCCGACGAGGCCGGCGGCGCGGUGGCGGACCCCCCCGCGGCGGCCGCGGCUGCUGUCGCCGUCCCGACCCCGACAGCGACGGGAGAGGACAGGGCCGGAAGGGUUUCACCCUCGUCCGAUAUGUGGCCGUCGUCGGCACGCGGGAAAAGGGGAUCGAACGGUGUUGGCGGGGUGGCGGCCGCAGAGGGCGGGGUCGGGGCGGCGGAGCAAUCCCGACUCGCCCUUCAGCUGUGGUGGCCGCUCCUGACGGGGUUGGCAAGAGGCGCGGGUGACCCAAGGCUAGACUGCCGCGCGGCGGCCCUUUCAACCCUCCAGGAUGUAUUGAAGGAGUUCGGAUCUGCCCCGGAGUUCUCCCUCAGGGUAUGGCCGUACCUGUUGACACGCAUCCUCCUGCCGGUGUCGCGCCUUGCGGAGAAGACUACGCCCCCGCUCGCCGCGCCAACGGCGCCGGCACCGCCUCUGGUCUCGGCGCCCUCGGCGCCAUCGACGCCCUCCCGCCACAGCAGACGGCAGGCGCAGCCGGCGACAGCGACCCCUUCUGCGCUUCCAAGCCCAGGAAGCGGCCAUUUGCGCCUUGGGCCGUCUUCCUCUUUGUCGGCGGCAUCUGGCGGCCGCGUCCCUGUAGCGAGGGCAGCUGCGGCGACUGCGGCGGCGCCUGGCCCGGCUAGCCGCGGCGUGCUCCCGCUCGACGUCGACUCGUGGGUGCACACGACCGCACCGCAGCUGUUCCGCGCGGCCGUCGCCGUCGUCUCGAGCAACGCCGAGGCCGCGGUGCCGCUGGGAGUUCCGACGCUUUUGGCGUUUUUUGAGCCCCACGUUUGUUGCCGGCGGCACCGGCAUAGCACCAGCAACGGCAGUAGUAGCCGCUUUUGUAGCGUCAGUAGUAACAGCCGUCAGCUGGGCACGGGUGUUGCUGUGAACGGCGGGCGAGAGGGAUCGGGGGAUGAAGGAGAGAGUUUAGCACGGCAAGAGCAGAGGCAUCAGGUUCAGGAGGACGCCGGAGGUGGCGGCGAGGAGACUGGACGGUGGUGGGACGGAGAGAUGCAGGCAGCGGCAGCAGCGGGGGCGGCGGUGGCGGAGGAAGCGGGAGUCCCCGGGGACGGCUUGAUGUCCCGCCUGGCCCUCGAGUCUCUGGGGCUCCUGGUGGAAGGCCUGGCCGGGCAUCAGCAGGAGAAACUCCCCGCAGCGGUCCUCGCGCACGUUUGCGACAGCCUCCUCCGUAUGCUGCGUCGUUGCCUUCCCGAGUCCUUCGGCCGGGCGGGACGCGUCGGGCGCGACGGCAGCGGAGGAGGAGGAGGACGGCAGCCCAGCCAGCAGCGCCGUCGAUCGCGCCCUCCGCGACCGGGUUUACCGGCGGACGGCGAUGUACACGGGGCGGUGGGAGGGAAGGCAAGGGGUGGUGUUCACAGCGGGAGCGCGGCGGGGCCGAUGCUGGUCGUGGACGACCUGUUGGAGUGGAGUGGCGACGGGGACGAUGGCCCGGGUGGCGGGGGCGCCGCAGGAUGGGACGGGACGGCCCUCGCCCUCGAGUUUUUGCGGCGCGAGGGGGGUAACCUCUUGGUUCGGUACUUUGUAGCGGACGGGGAAGUACAGCGAGCUAGCCUGGAAGAUCACAUGUGGAGUAGCGCGGAUGACACGGCGGCGGCGGCGGCGGCGGCAGCAGUACCUUCCUCCUCCUUCGCUCCCCCAUCCCCGUCGCAGCAUCGCGGCGGCUUCUCCGCAGAGAGUCCGAGCAGGCACACCGUCACCUCGUCCUCGUUCUCCCCCACGGCGAGUACGGGGAGCCGAGCGCAUCAGCAGGCGAGCACGCCCAGAAGCGUGGGCAGCGGCGGCGCGCGACGCCCCCUCGGUGCUGCCCCGAGGCUUCCCGCCGCCGGUGGGCUUGGGCCUCAGCACCAGCAGCGAGAGCCGGUUAACCUGGUUGCAAGCGCGGAGGCCGAGGUCAGGCAUCUCACCUCGGCGGUUCUGCUGCUGCUGCGAGGCCUUCUCUUGUUGCAGCCCGCGGAGGCUUUCGAUAGGGAGGCUGGCUGGCUGUGCCCUCGGCUGGCGGAUUUGGUUGUCGUCAGGAGUCUGGAGGUUCGGGCGGUCGUGCGGGAGCUGCUGACGAGGAUGGCGCCGCUAAUAGGGGUCCCGGGAGAGGCGUGA